AUGGAAGACAAAUGGGAUUUAGAAGCCAGCUCAUGCCAUUCAAGUCUUUAUUCUUUAUUGACCUGUAAAUUACAAUUGAUAAGCGGAGUUGAAAUGCUGAUGAUUUUAUUGCUUUUUGUUGGGAUUGGCUACCUUAUGGGAAAGUCUAGUAAACGAAAAAAACCUAAAUUAAUCAUAUCAGAAGACGAAGCUAGAACAAUAACUUCUUCUCAAUCAAGUGAAAAUAUAUUCUCACAAGAUGAAAGUGAAGACUGGAAUAGCAAAGAACUGAAAAAAUGUCAGUCAUGUAUAUUUGACGAGUAUUUGAGCUGUAAAAUAAAAACUUUAAAAGACAAAGAAAAAGAAGAUAUUCAAAUUAAAAUUCCAGAAGUAAAAGAUUCAUUUAAUAAUAUCAAAAUUACACUUAAGUGCCCUAAAAUGUAUCAAGAUAAGAUCGACGAAAAAUCAAUUGGAGAUAGCAUUGAAAAAUUUUAUAAAUAUUUUGAAAAUGGAAAAUGCAACCAAAAUUUCGAAAUUAUCAAUAAAAUCGGCAAAGGCAGAAAUAGCGUAGUAUUUAAAGCCAAACAUUUACUAGAUGGCCAAUUUUAUGCAAUAAAAGUGAUAAAACUUCAUGUCGGUAUCAAAGAGAACAUUCGUGAACAAAAAAUGUUUCGAGAGGUUUUUAGCAUGUCUAAACUUCUAUCGAAAUUCCUUUUACGCUAUUAUUCUUCUUGAAUUGAGCUAGACCAUCCACAUUUAAACCCGGCCAAGCAGGAGCAUUCCCACAAAUUUUGUGACUUAAAUGUCCCAGAAGAACCAUAUUUUACAUUUUAUUUAGUCAUACAAACAGAGCUUAGUAUCGGAAUUUCUCUUCAAGACUGGCUUCAAAAUUCAAAGAGAAAAAUCGAUAGCUCGAUAAACUUCAGAAUUUUUAAGCAAUUGCUUAAAGGUGUACAAUGUAUUCACAGUAAUAACUUCAUCCAUAGGGAUUUAAAGUAAACUUUAUACAGGCCCACCAAUAUUUUUCUUAAUAAAGACAGCAAAAAUUUGAGCGUGAAAAUCGCUGAUUUUGGUCUUGCAAUAAUAGCGAAGCCUGAAAGCGAGCAAGGAGAUAGCUCAAAGCAUAAAAACGGCGUCUUGCCAAGAAAUAGGUCAAUUGAUGUAAUUAGCAUUCAUUACCGAGCUCCUGAGCUGCUUACUCAAGAAUGUAGCCAAAAGAUGGAUAUUUAUGCAUUGGGACUUAUAUUAUUUGAACUGUUUUUUGAAGGGUCACCAUUAGAAAAGGAAUUUUACUUUAAUCAGCUUAAUGCCCAUCAUAUUCUGCCUGAGAGAUUUGAGUCAGAAAAUCGAAAUAUUUCAAAAAUCAUUUUAAUGCUGACUGAGCCAGACCCAAUCGUCCGUCCAGAUAUUUUUGCUGUGAUGAAGCACGAUUUUUUGCAAACCUGGAAAGAUGAAGCUAUAAUUAGAUAA